CAAGGUCAUUUUGCAUGGUUCCUCGGCCCUCACCAUCAACACGUGAAAAAAGCGUUGGCAAAAAAGCGAAAGAAUAGAUUAAUGAGGGGGUUGCAUCAACCUGCGGCGCUAUUGCAGAGAAUGAAGCAUUGCAGGCUGGAAUGGCGACUUCAUUCUCCGUGGCUAUUCUGUGUUAGCGGUCGACUUCCCCUCGCAAUGAGACGACCAGAGAGAGCGCAUGCUCCACCAUCUAGGGAUAUUUAAACGCGAUCGAUUCCCACGAAAUCGACAUCCCACAAGAACAUCACGGAAAUCAGCAGCCCCAACAAGCCAGUCUUCUCAUCCAGCUAAUUUCUGUUCCACUAUGCUCUGCAAAUCUCUCCUUGUUGCUGCGUUGGGUGCCCUCGCCCAGGCAGGCCCCAUUGCCCGACGCGAUGCGGCGACGGUCUUGACGGACCUGAAGACGAUCUACACCGAUGUGUCGACCCUCAAAACCGACGUGACCGCCUGGACCGGCGACCUGUUGGCUGCCCUGGGUAUUCUGACUGACUACAACAACGUCAAGAGUGCCCUGGACACCGCCAUCACCGACACGGUGGCUGCCUCGACUUUCAGCACCGCGGACAGCUCGAGCAUCACGUCCGAGGUGUCCACUCUGGCCGUGCUCAUCGUCGCGACCCUGGACGAGAUUAUUGCCAAGGAAUCCACCGCCGCCUCUGCUGGCGUCUCCUCCACCCUGCUCACGUCGGUUCAGACCCUCAAGACCGAGACCGACCAGCUUGGUGCGGACUUGGAGGCCAAGGUCACCUCGACCGACAAGACGACUAUUGCCUCGGCCAUUGCGACGGUCGAUGCUGCCUUCGCCAGUGCGAUUGCUGCUUAUGAGUGAAUCUGAGUCACGGGAUGAGAUCGAGCGGGUUGCUGGAUCUGGGUAAGCCGAUGCGACCGCAUCUCAGGUUGGAAAGUGG